ACAAUUAUAAUUUUAUCGGCGCCAACUUCAUGUUGUUCUUUCUAUACUCGCUUAGUGAAGAUGGCGGUAGGCAAGAAUAAGGGUCUCUCGAAAGGAGGCAAAAAAGGCGUUAAAAAGAAGGUAGUAGACCCAUUCACCCGUAAAGAUUGGUACGAUGUAAAAGCCCCAUGCAUGUUCACCAAACGCCAAAUUGGUAAAACUUUGGUGAACCGUACCCAAGGAACGCGAAUCGCAUCGGAAGGACUCAAAUUCCGCGUCUUCGAGGUAUCGACAGCCGAUUUGGAAGAUGAUACCGAUGCGGAGAGAGCGUAUCGUAAAUUUAGAUUGAUCGCGGAAGACGUGCAAGGAAGAAAUGUGUUAACGAACUUCCACGGGAUGGAUUUAACCACUGAUAAAUUAAGAUCGAUGGUGAAAAAAUGGCAGACGCUUAUCGAGGCUUCCGCCGACGUUAAAACCACCGAUGGAUAUCUUUUGAGGGUAUUUUGUAUUGGAUUUACCAACAAAGACCAACAAUCAACCAGAAAAACUUGUUAUGCCCAACAUACGCAAGUGCGACAAAUUAGGAAAAAGAUGGUCGAAAUUAUUACAAAGGAUAUCACAACAAUUGAUUUGAAGGAAGUUGUAAAUCGUUUAAGACCAGAUUCGAUUGCUAAGGAUAUCGAAAAAGCUUGUCAAGGAAUUUAUCCUUUACAUGAUGUUUAUAUUCGCAAGGUUAAAGUAUUGAAAAAACCACGUUUUGAGCUUUCUAAGUUGCUUGAGUUACACGGGGACGCUGGAAAAGGGGGUACCACUGAAGUUGGGGAGGUGGGAAGCUCGGCGGAUCGACCGGAAGGUUACGAACCACCAGUUUUAGAUUCGGUGUGAUUGUAUCGUUUGUAACGAUAGAAUAAAAUUUUGUUUAAAAGAUU